CCAGGCAAGAAAGUCCAAUCUUUAGCGCCUCUUUCUCCAAAUUGAAGUAAACCUAAACCCCCUCAGCAAUCAGCAUCCAAUGCCAAUUCUUUGCACAAAACCUACCACUACUCCACCACGCCACAUACUACUUCCAAUCGCGUAUCACUUUCUCUUCUUUGCUGCACGGAGUACUGAUUUAUUGACAUUUAACUGAAUAUGGAGCUGAUGGGUGGCAGAGAACAAUCUUGUGUGGUUUAAGGGAGUCUUCGUAGUCCCGCCGGGAGUUGGAUUCCGCAUCGCCCGCUCGCCACCGUGGCCACGUCUGAAAUUUGACAUCCGCCGCUGCCACCAAUGGAGUUCACGGCGGAGUGGAAGUCCCUCUGGCCCAUAUCCUCCACCUUCUCAGCGCCGCUCCUCAUCCCAAACAAAAACCCGGAUACUCCCUUUGGCCCUCUAAUAUUUAACCCAAAACCCAACUCCUCAACAACUCUCCUCCAGUCGUCCUCCCUCUCACCUCGCCUUCCGCCGCCGUAUCCUCAGCUCUCCCUCCCCCGGUUCCUCCAGAAUCACAGUUCUGUACCUUCCUCUGCCUCCUCCUUUUGUUCUCUUCUCGGCUCCCAGCUCCCUGACUACUCUUCCUACUUUCAUGGUUUCAAAUCUCUUCAAUUGCUUCAAAUCCCGGAUAAAAAUUUGAUUGUUGUGUUCUUCCCAACCGGGGAGAACUCUGAUCAUGUGGGUUUUUCUUUACUUUCAGUAAAAGAUGGGAUUUUGGGUGUUCAUUCACAAAAGGACAGUUUGUUCCAACUAGCGAAAGAGGGUAAUGUGAAUCGCCAACGAAUCACACGGUUACUGGUCAACCCCGUUGAUGCUUUAUGCAGCAAUGAGAAUGGACAUGACAUUUUUGGAGAUGUAGGUACCAUUAACAAGUGUAAGAAUGUUGCUGUUGUUGUUGCUUUUUUGAUGGUCUGUACUGAUUAUUCUGUUAAUUGGUAUAGAGUUGGACUUAAUACUCUCUGUAAAGAAAAUGAGGUUUCUAUUUGUUUGGAUUAUCUGGGGUGUGCCAACCCUAAGACGUUAAAGGGUAAUGCAGUGAUGAGUGCAUGUUGGAGUCCACAUUUGAAGGAAGAGUGCUUAGUUUUGUUGGAAAAUGGUGACUUGUUGUUGUUUGAUGUAAACUAUUCUUGUGGUAAAAAAGGUAAACUGAUGUCCUUGUUUAGUGGAAAUAAUAGAGUAAUCAAUAAAAAGAUGCAGGUGUCAUUGAAUGACAAGUUGGCAUUGGACGAGAAAAAUGGUUAUCAAGGGCCACAGUGGGUUGGAUGUGAGUUUAGUUGGCAUCCUAGGUUAGUUAUUGCUUCUCAUUGCAGUGAGGUAUUCUUGGUUGAUAUGAGGUCUGCUGGGGAUUGUAACGUUUCUUGUUUGCUGAAGCUUGAAAUGUUGUCUAUUGGCAAAAAUGAUGGUUUUCAGGCGCUCGCAAGGGCGAAUUCUGAUGUGUUCUCCUUUACUGUGGCUACGAGAUUCCUGCUACUUCUUUGUGAUAUACGGAAACCAUUGAUGCCGGUGUUGCGGUGGUCACAUGGGCUUCGAAAUCCACGAUAUAUGACCGUCUUCAAAUUGUCAGAGUUGCGAGUAAAUGUAGAAGACACUAAAUACAAGUGGGCUUCAGAGUCGGGCUACUGCAUUUUGCUGGGAUCUUUUUGGGAUGGUGAGUUCAGUCUUUUCUGUUAUGGCCCUGAUGAUAAUGGAAAAGGAUCUGUUUCUUCUGAAAUUUCGAAGUUCUGCAACUCAUAUUAUGCUUGGGGACUCCCCUCGGCGCUUUCAUUGUCACCAUCUGAUUGUAACAGUGGUAGUUGUCUUCUGAGAGAGGAGUUAUCUAAAACAUCCCUACCAGUCUGGAUUGACUGGAGGCAGAAGAAACAGUUAAUUUUGGGGUUUGGCAUUCUCGAGCCUGAUAUUUCUGCACAGUUGUCCUCACCUGAUAGUUUUGGUGGGUUUGUAAUGAUAAGGUUAACAUCUUCGGGUAAGAUAGAAGCACAACACUACCUUGCAGCAUGGGAAUAUGAAAAAUUUCCGGAAGUAAGUCGCAAGAGGAAAAGUGUUUAUUUGGAGGAAAAUCUUCUAUAUAAUUGCAAUAAUUUAGAAUAUGAAGGGGUAAAGAAAUUUCAGCACCUGAAGUUUGAUUUUCUUAAUGCCUAUUUAGAAGAUAAGCUAGCUGCAUAUGUUGUCAAAAGAACAGAAAAUAGGAAAGAGAGGGACAAAGAUGCCCAGAAAAAGUAUUUUGUUAAGUCAGCAUCUAAUUUUCAUCAAGAAAUAUGUCACAGGCUGAAGGCUUUUGGGCUUCCUGGAGUUAGAUCGUCACUACCAGUUCCUGAUGUGUUGAAAGAUGUCAAUUUGCCAACCAGCAUACAUGAGAUUGCUUUAAGGAGUACUUUUGCUGCUUUACCGACAAAUAUGUUGCAAUUGGCAUUCUCCACCUACUCAGAUUUCAAUGAGGAUCUUGAGAACCACAAUGAACCGUUGGAAUUCCUGGAUCUUCCUGACCAACUCCAAGUAAUGCCGUUUCCUUUUCGAAAGCCAUCGUACCGGAGCAAUAAAUGGUCCAGUAAAGUUAGACCAUCUGAUACCCUUGUAGGUCCAGUUCUCCCUCCUCAUUUUAUGACUAUCCUUCAUAAACUUUACCUGGAAGGACUCAAAGAGGAAAGAGAGCUCUACCUGGAAAACUCAGAAGGAUUUUCGGCUCAUUCUUUGUUCAAAAUUCAAUGUGAUAAAGUUGUGGAGCUUGUUGAGGAGCAAGUUUUGGGUUCUGACUCCAAGUCUCAGGAUGAUGAUUUUGUUUCUCUUGGUGAUGAUACAGAAGAUAUGAGCUAUGGGACUCAAAAAGUGAAGUUCUCUUAUCAUAGACCAUCAUCGUUGUUGGAAAAUCCCUCCAGUGUGGCCUUGCCUAAACCUGGAUAUGAGAACCACGCAUUAUCAACCCAUGUUUUUAGGAGAAGCCAAGACCAUGCAUCUGAUCUCGGUGCAGAAAUUUGAUGACUGCACCAUUGAUUUUGGGCUCAAGGAGAUGGAAGCAUAUCGAAUCUUGAAGAAACAAGACUUAGAUUUUCAGAGAAGUUUUAAGCCGUAUCAAGAUUAUAUUACUAGAGGAACUGAACUGAAAUAAGAACAUUAUUGUCUUACGGUUUCAGAAGUAGGCACUCUUUUAACCAGAGCUUGUAGUGCUGGACUUGAAAGGGCAGCAGAAGUUCUGGACACGCUUCGGGUUACUGGGACCAUGAACUUAACAGAAGGUGUUCAACAAUUAAUAUCAAAGACAUGGAUGAACUUUUAAGGAUUGUUGUAGCAGAAAAGAUUGGUUAUCUAGAAAUUGAAGGAAACAGCAGAGUCAGUGCUGCCGCAACUGAGGACUUCAGUUCAACCUACAGCUGUCUAAUCACUGAAAGAUCCCGAACUAGCAACAGAUUUAUGUCCAUGGAGCUCUAUCAAGAGCUGCCUGUAUUGGACAGAUUGAACAAGAUUACCAGCUUAAAUAUCUUGAGGUGCUUAGAAUCAAUGCUGGCCAAAGAGUCAAUGCUUUGUGGUCUAACCUUGAAAGAUGCUCUGAGCCUCAUGGACCGAACGGAAGGCGUGUCAUUGAUCGAAGUGCACGUAUUGAAUAAAGAAUGAUGGAUAUCCCAUGGCCUAGAAUAGAAGGUGGAGAGAGAAAACACCUCUGAAGAUGCAUAUCCAUGGCAGUGCGGAGACCAUGGUAACUCAAAUGGGGUAAUAUCAUUUAAUUUUGCUAGCUUAGCAUGUGAAGCAGCUUAUGUUGCCAUCAAAUUUCAUUUGGAGGUGUACAAUUAUAUUGAGCUUUAACUACUUAAUCUUAUAACACUGUUAUACGAUAUUAAUACUUUGGGCAGUUGAUAGGUCUUCUUUGUCAUCAGAUGAGUAAAGGUUUGGUGAUAUCUAGCAUUUCAUGUUUUGGAAUAUGCUUCUUCCAUGUAAAAGAUAUAUCUCUGUUAUUUAUUGGUCUAUUCAUUGAGUUAAAUGUUUUCUUAAUCUUCUAUGUUAACAUGGGGCAAAGCUGGGGAAGUUCAUAAUUCAUGCUGUUCUCUUUUAUUUCUAAACAUAUAAUGGCUACAUGUAAUGUCUUCGUAGUUUGAUUGAUGGGUGAACGUGUUCUCCUGAUUUAUUUUGUUAUAGGAGACAGGGACAACAGACUUAACGUUGCAAUUUUUAAAGCCAAAGGAAACAAGUGAAAAACUUGAAGCUGGCAGUCUUUCCAUGUCGAGAAGAAGCUCCUUGUGACAGAAAUAAAAAAUGAGAUGGAGAGGACAUUGCAUUGACUUGUUCCUGUUGCCACAGACACUGCUAAAGUUCAUGAUGGCUUUGGUUGGGUUGGAGAGUGGGCAAACACAGGGUCAUAUGAGUUCAUCUACACAAGCAAGGAGUCUGCCACUAUCUUUCCACCCUCAGGCUUCCACAACAAAUGCAUCCAAGAAUAACAAUAAGCACACACCUGCACCUAUGGCUCCAUAUCCACAUGGAUUUGUGUUGAACCCGACAUAUACCGCCAUUGUGAAGUCAUCCGCAGCAUUACUUAAAGAUGGGAAGAAGUUUUAGAAGUUUCAGAAUUAGCAGAAGCAAUUUCAUCAUCUUCAAAAGCCAAAAAAAAACAAGGGUGGGAUGAAGUCUCCUUGAGGUUCACUGUUAUCAUCUUUUUGCAAAUUUGCACAUCUAUUGUAUAGUGUAGAAACAUUUAUCUUUUGUUUUUGUUUUUUAUGUACUGACGAACAAACAUACAUCUUUUGUCAAUAAAUUAUUUGUUUGUGUUUGC